UGCAGAAUGAAAAAGAAUUUAAUGGCAAAAGAGGAUUGGAAACAAUUAGGAUUUCCCGACGAUAUUCCAUCCUAAAAAUAUUUUUUUUUUUUGCUACAUUUUUUAUUUCAUUAUAUAUAUAAAUAUUUAAUGUUUGCCUGUAAAGAGUGUGAUGGUACCUCUUUUAUUUGCAUUGGUGGUAAAUAUUAUUGUUCUGCAUGUAAUUUACAAAUUUCUGAUAUACAUGAACAAUAUUCAGAAGAUGCUUAUAAUCUUGGACAUUCACAAAAAUUUUCAAAUCAAACUUCAUCCCUCAAAGAUAUUGCCCCAAAAUUUUUUAAUAAAGGAAUUCCUUGGACAUAUCCGGAAGCAUUUGGCAUGAUCAUUAAUAAACAAGUCAAAGCUCUUAUUCACAUGAGUGCCCCUCCUAUACUUAACACUAUUGUUUUCAAUAUGUUAAAAAUUUAUUUCCAGAAAUUAGGCAUAGGAUUUACUUCUACCCCAAACAUAGGACCUAACCCUAGAUUCAGAGAUAUAUUGCAGUGCGACCACUGGUCUACCAAGUCCAUCUUUCGCCAAUUGGCUGAUUCUCUAAAUAAUCAGGAUACGGCUGAUAACUCAACGGAUCAGGGAUCAACUAUCAAAAUGACUGAUUUUGGCCUCAACAUCGAAAACACAGAGAAGACGUCCGAAAAUGGUGAGUUAAAACUUGAAAAUUUUGUUGGUAAUGGAUUGUCCGCCAUUUUGGAUAAGUAUGUUGAAGAAAUAUCGUUUGAACCAAAGGAUGAAUGCUCUAAUAAAAGAAAACCUUAUUCGGAAGAAAAUAAAAAGCAAACCCACAAGAAACACAAAAAUGAUCGGCACCAAAGUUUGGAAACCUUAAUUAGACCAGGUCUAGAUGCUAAGACUGUAGAGGCUUAUUUGCUCAAAAAUAUUCCCAGAAGAUACACCAAUAAGUGCCUCAACAAGUAUUCUAUUAAAGAAAGGAAUCAAAAUUAUGUCCACCGUUUUAAAUCCAAACCGAUUAUUGAAGAUAAUAAACCUCCAAAGUCAAAAGAUUCAAAUAACUAUGCAAAAGGGAGUCUUAGAACAGGUUGUCUCACACUUCUUUCCACUUUGGGUUUUACCUAUCUAGGCGCAUUUCUUUGCUCUUCUCCAAAUUCUUCUAACGUUAAUAGGCCGAUUCUUCUAUCAGAUAUAAUUAGAUUGGUUAACUCUGGCUCCCUUCCAUUUUUCGUUAAUUCUUUCCAAGUUCUACCAGAAAAUAUGAGAUUUUCAAUGUUCGACACCUGUGUUUUAAACACUCGGACACUACCUUUAUCCCGAAGCAUCAGAAUAAAUUGUGCCAAACUCAUCUCAGCCAUGGGAUGGCACCAAAAUCUCCAUUUUGAUUCAAAUUUCGAAGACUCUUCCAAUCUAUAUUUGAGCGUACUAAGACCUAUGAUCGAUAGAAUACUAAGCAGACUUGAAUUGCCUGGAUCAGUGAAGAUCAUAGCCCAUACCUUGUUAGACAGUUUUAAGAUGAGUAAUGGUACAAAAACUUCUUUACAUCUAAAAGGAGAAGAUGCUGUACCAGUAUUGGAGCUAUUUACUCUAGAAGAUCCUCCCUACAACAAAUUUAAAGGUGCUAAAUAUUGGUUCAAUUGGGAAGGUCAAGCUUGGGCACUUGUCUUGGUCUCCUUCAAAAUUUUUCUAGCUACUUUUUACUCUUCCCAUACCUCAUCUCGUUCUCAAAAUAAUUAUAAUCCUAAUUUUAACGAUUCGUUGGAAGUAAAUUUCAACCCAGAAUUUAGGACUUGGUUGGAUAAGUUUUAUGAAGGGUGCGAACGAAAGUACGAUCAACAUUUUAGUAUAGAUUAUACAAAACGACCUAAUGAAUUAAAUCCCUCAUUAAUUACAUCUCCCAAAUCAAAUGUAGUAUUGGAGUCUCUCCUAGAUAAAUAUGCAGUGGGUAUCGUAGAAAAUGCCGAUCCUGAUAAACUUGCUUCUAUAAUGACUUGUUCAAACACCAUGCACCGGGCUAAAACUCGUCUGAUGCUUCAGCCGGACCUGAUAAAUGCCUCUGAUAUAACCGAAAGAACAAACGAAUGCUUAAAUGCGGCUCGUUUCUCGGCUUACAGACCGAACCCUGAUAACAAUCCCUCCUCUCUAAAAUCUCGUCUUGUUAAAACUUUUGAAGCACUUCUCGACAAUAGAAAUCUUGAUGAUUAUAGCGAAUCGAGGGAAACAAAAAAUUUUAAAAUAAAAAAUGACCUCGAAUCAAAGGCCACAAAAAAAAUUGAAACAGACCCAUUGUUAAUAUACAUGAGUUCCCAAUGGAAAUACAUCACCGUAAAAAGCGAUUCUAACUUGUUGGAGGAGAUAAGUAUUCGGAAUAUUUUAGACUUCACCAAUAAGAAAUCCAUAGGGGGUACCAAAACUGAAUUUAAGAAAUUGGUCAAGAAAAUGCUUUCCAGCGGUGAUACAAAUGUGAAUAAAAGAAAUGAAAAUGGUACACAUUUAAAAUUACCCCAUUGGUGGCACGAUUUCAACCAAAUGCUUAGAUUAUCAAUUAAAUUAAGUUACCAAACACUCGAGGAGCUAUUGCAUCAAAUUUGUUCUUUAGAGAUUCGUUUAAAAUAUAAUUUUGCUUGAAAAUUGCACAUGAAUCUUGUGAUAAAUUUUUUACUUUUUUUUAAAAUUGAGCUCUCACAUUCACUUAAUCUCAGGAAUAUUAUAUAUAGUAAUUACCUUCUUAUUUUUUUAAAAUGAAUAUAUACUUUUUAAACAUAUUUUUUUGAUUGACAAUGUAUAUAUAGUAUGUUGUGUGUAUAUA